GACUCCGCUCCAAAAUAAGUUCGCUCAUUUCACAACGCAACGACUGGGCGGCUCAACAAUAGUCCUAGUUUUAACAGACGUAUAGUGAAGGAGUUGUCUAAGUUUAGUUCAGGCUCAACGUUGCUGUCUUAGAUUUCAACGGAACUAAGGUCCAUCGGGUAAGAAAGCAUUUGAUUUGGUUUGUCUGGCUAUAGAAAUGUUUCGCUGCGUGGGAUAGUCUACUCUGCCCAGUUUACUGCAGGAGGAAGUGGGUUACCACCACCACUCCGCAGCCAUGAGUUCCCAGAACAGAUACGCUAGCAGCAUGUUCCAGACGAUGGACGAGGACCUGAAUGCGUCUCUGGCCCAGGCUGAUGAGUUAUCCAGAGAGUUUACCUCUCUGUUGCAGGAGGUCUCCCCCAGCACACAGUCUGUUUCUCAGACUACAUCUGAUGCUGUGAUCCCCAGAGAAAAGCCCCAACCCUCAACCUCAGAGAGACAGACAGGAGGAGGCUCCAGCUCUCUCCCCUACUCCCCCAGCUCCAUCUCUACCCUCCCCUACUCCCCCAGCUCCAGCUCUCUCCCCUACUCCCCCAGCUCCAGCUCUACCCUCCCCUACUCCCCCAGCUCCAGCUCUACCCUCCCCUACUCCCCCAUCUCCAGCUCUACCCUCCCCUACUCCCCCAGCUCCAGCUCUCUCCCCUACUCCCCCAGCUCCAACCUCUCCAACCUGGAUUCCAUGUUCUCCAGCAGUAAGGUGAAGCCCUCCUCCUACGGUCAGCUGACCCCUCCCAACCAAUCGCCUCGUACCCAGCGUCGUGCAUCUCCUUCUCCGUCUCGCCGAAUGACCUAUGACCGCAGCCCGCGAGGAUCAAUCAGCUAUAUUGAUUCAAACCACUCCCCUCCUUCCCCUGUUCCUGGCUACGAUCAAUCACAUCGGGGGAGGGUACAACCCUCACACUCCAAUCUGCUAUCCCCGUAUGACUCUGCUACGAUGGGUCGGACAUCCCCACGACUGGGCCGAAGCCACUCCCCAAGCAAGUUCAGCCAACCAGCAGCACCCAGCACCCUGCCACGGAACUUUGUGCCUUUCAGCCAAUCUGAUGAAAUCAUGCAGAGACCGAAGAACCAAGGUAAAUGGAACGAGACCGAUCUGGACGUAGCAUCUCAUAAGAAGAAACCUCACCACUCCUACGACAAGACUGAGUGGCUGAGACCGUUGGUGCCAAACACCAACUGGAGAGAAUCUAACCUGGAUGGCCCUUCCCCUUCGAAGAAGGACACCCUCCCUCGUUCCCACCAGUCCACCCACUCAUCUCUCCCCCGUAACACCCGUAUCACUGUUCCUCCCGACUCGUCCUCCCUCUACCACGCCCCUCCCCAACCAAUCAUAUCCCGUAUCUCCAUCCCCCCCUGCUCCUCCUCCUCCCAGCCCCCACGUCAGCACAGACCCAUCCCUCUCUCCGUCAUCAUGCGGCUCCAGAACCCCUACUGGGCAUCGUCUGCCCUCCACCCCCGGGCCCUGGAUACCGAGAGGGAUAUGGGUCUGUACCGCCAUGCUGUACCCAGGGAGUAUAGGGAUUACCUAGAGUACAGAGAGUACCAGACACAGCCACAGACCCAGCCACAGACCCAGCCACUGGCCCAGCCACAGACCCAUGAGCUCAGGCAGCCAGCCUACCACGGGGAAGUGCUGAAACCAGGUGAUGUUGACAUUGAGUUGGAGCGACUGGACCCAAUUCAUCAAAGUCCCAUGGCCCCUGACCCAGCUCUCCCAGAGAAAGGGAGGGAGACAGAGAGAGGAGGAGGAGGAGAACCCCAGGCGGUGGCCCCUAGGCCCCUCAGCCCGUCCAGGCUGCAACCAGUGGUGGCUGCAGAGAGCCCAGAUGUCCCUGACAUGGAAGAGCUGCUUCGGAUUCGCUCUGAGAUCCCCCGGGCCCUGAAGAGACGCGGCUCUGUGACCCCUAACUCCAAUCUUGACCCAAACCCUGAACCGGGGUCACAAGCCCCUGUCCAACCCCAGAAGAAGCCAGCCACCCUGCAGCCGGACCACAAUCACAAACAGUACAAACAGAUCCUGAAUAAACUUUUCCGGAGGAAGGGGUUGACGGGCCAGCAAGGGGGGGAGAUGGGGAGUGACUACAGCUCCUCCUCAGAUGGAGAAGGGGACAGCUCUACAUCCCUCUCCCCUGUCACUAAUCCUGUACCUAACACUGGACCCAACACUGGACCUGCUUUGCCAGAGUACAGGGGGUACAAUUCCAUCCUGCGUCGGGCCAGUCGGGAACGAGGGGAUUCUGGUCAGAGGGCUCGGCUCAGCCCUCUGGUUCUACUGCUGGACGGGUCACUGGUGGGGGAACUGGACACUGUUCAGAGGGCCGUGCAGGAGAUGAAUGACCCGAGCCAGCCGAACGACGAGGGCAUCACAGCCCUCCAUAAUGCCAUCUGUGGAGGUCACUACAGCGUGGUGGACUUCCUGGUUCGUAUAGGAGCCAACGUCUCCGCCCCAGACAGCCACGGAUGGACCCCCCUCCACUGUGCAGCAUCCUGUAACGACCUUCCUCUCUGUCAGUUCCUGGUGAGGAACGGAGCAGCCGUCAUGGCGGUGACGGAGAGCGACGACGCCACAGCAUCUCAGAAGUGCGACCCGUACGCUAUGGGCUUCGAGGAGUGUGAGAGCUUCCUCAAGGGUGUGGAGGAGGCGAUGGGUGUAGAGAACAGCGGGGUGCUGUAUGCCCUGUGGGAGUACCCUGCCCAGGAGGCAGACGAGCUGGGCUUCAGAGAGGGGGACAUGGUGACUAUCCUCCAGAAGCCUGACGGGGUAGAUUGGUGGUGGGCAUCACUUUGUGGCCGAGAGGGAUUCAUACCUAACAACUACUUCGGGCUGUUCCCUAAAGUUCGUCCUAAGUCCCUCUGCUAGACUCCUCUACCCAAUCAGCCCUCGCCCCACUGAAUGGCUGGAACGGGAACUGGAGCAGAAAACUGUUGUUGAAAACCUGGGAGGAGAAAGCACAUUACGCAGUAUAACCUUUGUUCCUUUGUCCUGCCUGAUUUCACUAAGAAGUGAACUAGAAUAACAGGACAUGAGUCACUACAGUGAGACAUAGGGCAGGUACUGGGCAGGUACUAGACAGGAGUGUCAGUGAUGAUAUUGCUGCAUUAUACUUCGUCAAUGAUCUCAAUGUGUCACUAUCAUUUGUGUGUCUGAUUUUAUUAGUAUAUAAAAUCUCUCUCUGUCUCUCUCUCUCUGUCUCUCUCUCUCUCUGUCUCUCUCUCUGUCUCUUUCUCUGUCUCUCUCUCUUUCUCUGUCUCUCUCUCUCUGUCUCUUUCUCUGUCUCUCUCUGUCUC